UUUGAGCGAGUGAACUCAUAAUAUCUCACCGAGUUUGAUGGGUUUCGGGCAAAUGAACCAUUUUUCCCUUCAAAACACGUGCGAUCCUUAUGCAUAUUCCCGUUAAAAAUAUUAACGGUGGUUACUAAUUCAAUUAAAUUGGAGCAAAAUUUAAUAUUGAAAGUGAAAAUUAAACAAAUUAAAAAUACGAGAACUAAAAUGACAAACAAAAAUAUAAUGGUGCUGGUUGGGAAAAAGAAAUUGAGGCUAUUGUAGCCUCAUAUAUAAAAUAAGCCAAAAAGUGUGAACAGUGCACGCGUGUGUACAACUAGGUUACAAACAGGGGGUCAAAUUACCAUUUUAUCCUUUGACUAUUUCAAAGGGUAUGGGUUUAUACACAGCUGAAACAAAAGCCUCUGCCCUAUUCUCAUCUCUUUCGUUCCGUCUCUCACAAUCGACUGCAGCAACACGAGUUUGCGACUGAUCUCUCUCCGGCGGAGCUUUACCUUCUACACAACACAACCGGCGACGAACUACGGCAGACAAACAAGCUAGCGUACAAAUUCAAGACCAAGCUAUUAGAGCAUGAAGAUUUGAUGCGGGGAGUUUUUACAGGUGCAACCACGACUGGUAAACAUCAUUGGACCCCCGGCGAGCAAGUUGCGGAGAUUGUGGACAAUGAAUCCGAUUCAGUUGACUCCCCUGGGUUGCAGUCAUUUACUGAGCCAUAUCAACCGGUGGUGGACUCACCACCAUCCUCCCCCAUCGUCCAGGUAGAUGAAACGGAGCAGAGGUCAAAGCGCAAGAAGGGGGGUAGUACAAGUGGAAAGUCGAAGAAGCCAUCCAGUGGCGCAUCAGUGCUUGCAGACUGUUUCAACCAUCCCUCUGAGGCGGUUCGUUCACAGAAGCACCUUAUAGUUAGGCAUGGAACUGGUGCAUCUCAAAAGUAUGGCAUUGAGGCAUGCAUGCAAAAGAUUAUGGCUAUACCCGACUUCCUCAGAAUGCCCCUUUUCCACUUUGCUUGCAUUGCAUUGGAGAAUGCAGAUUACCGUGAGAUACUAAUGUGCAUGCCUGAUGAUGGUAAUGUGGUCGGUUGGCUUGCGGCAUUGAAGGCCUCCAAAGGACUGUGAGUCCUGCAGUUUGUUGUUUUUGGGAAAAAUGGAAACUGUUUUGGGUGUUUGUGGACAUGACUUGUUCUAUUAUGUUUCUUUAUUUUUGGUUUUUCCUAGCUUCGCUUAUCAGUAUUGUUAAUUAAAAUUAAUGUUUUGGGUAAAUGGAUACGGACCUAAUGUCGAACAUUUUAUACAGUAUUGCUUCAUCGAAGCGUGGUUUAUGUUUACUGUAGCAGA